CCUCUCUCUCUCUGUCUCUCUCCAUCUUCACAAGCACAGCUUCCUCAAAAGUGGACUCUCUCUCUCUCUCUCUCUCUCUCUCCUCCUAAAACCCCACAGCUCUCUCGAUAGCUCCACUUUUCUCCAUUCUCGUGUCAGUCUUCCUCCAAACCCUCCCUCUCUCCACUUAGCUUUCUCACUAAGCAAUCCUUCAUUUUCAGAGCACAUCUCUCUCUCUCUCUCUCUCUCUCUCUCUCUAUGAAUUCAACCCCUGAGCUCAACUACAGCCCAUUCCGGUGCUAAUCCGGAAUUGCAGAGCACACCUACAAUCCCAAAUGCAUCCCACCGCCGCACCUCCGUCGCCUCCGCCGCACAGCCUAGACCGCAUCAACCACCUCCUCACCCACCUCCUCCAAUCCUCCCUCUCCAUCAAGUCCUUCACCGGCCGCUGGCAAAUCAUCCGAUCAAAGCUCGCUUCUCUCAAGUCCUCAAUCUCCGAAAUCUCAGACUCCCCUCACUGGUCCGAAAACCCUCUUCUCCAAAACCUCCUCCCCAACCUCCUCUCCACUCUCCAUCGCCUCCAAACCCUCUCCGACCAAUGCUCCGAUCCAUCCCACUCUGUUGGGAAGCUCCUCAUGCAGAGCGACCUCGACAUGGCCACUGGCUGGCUCUGCAAGCAGAUUCAGGACAUCGAUUUGCUUCUCAGAUCCGGCGUUCUUCGUCAAUCCAACGCGAUCGUCCUCUCCCAACCCGCCCCUGGAUCCGCCAAGGAAGAGUUAGGGUUUUUCAUUCGAGACCUUUUCACGAGGUUACAGAUCGGAGGUAUUGAGUUCAAGAAGAAAGCGACUGAGUCUCUGCUUCAGCUGCUCGCCGAUGAUGAAAAAGCUGCUACUUUAGUUGCUAAGGAAGGUAAUAUCAGUUACUUGAUUCAUCUUCUAGAUUUGAACGCUCAUCCUUCGAUUCGAGAACACGCAGUCUCGGUUGUGUCUAUCCUCGCUUCUGCGAGCGAACAAUCGAGAAAAUGCGUGUUUGAAGAGGGGGGAUUAGGGCCGUUACUGCGAAUCAUAGAGUCUGGCUCAAUGGGAUUGAAGGAGAAGGCGGCGAUGGCGGUCGAAGCAAUCACCGCCGAUGUCGAUAAUGCUUGGGCUGUUUCAGCCUACGGCGGCGUAUCGGUGCUUAUCGAAGCUUGUCGAUCGGGAUCGUUAACAACACAAGGAUAUGCUGUGGGAGCUUUGAAAAACGUCGCCGCCGUGGAGGACAUUAGGGUUUCAUUGGGCGAGGAAGGGGCUAUACCUGUUCUAGUCCAGUUACUGGCCUCCGGCACCGCCUCGGCGCAAGAAAAGGCGGCGAAUUGCAUCGCAAUACUCGCCUCCUCGGGUGAAUUUUUCCGAGCUCUGAUAAUACAAGAAAGAGGGUUACAGAGACUCCUUCAAUUGCUUCACGAAUCAACAAGUUCAGAAACAUUAGAGCACGUUUUACGAGCAAUCUAUUCACUCUCAGCCUCCGAUUCAACUUCUCGAACCUUAUCGUCUUCAACUACAUUCAUUAUACAAAUCGCCGAGCUAAUCAAGCACGGGAACAUACUUCUCCAGCAAAUCUCCGCUUCAUUGCUCGCUAAUCUAACGAUAAGCGACGGUAACAAGAGAGCCAUUGCUGGUUCUAUGGGGGCUCUGGUGAAGCUAAUGGAGUCAUCGAAACCAGAUGGUUUGCAAGAAGUGGUGGCGAAGGCGUUGGUGUCGCUGUUGACGGUUCGAUCGAACCGGAAAGAUUUGGUGAGAGAUGAGAAGAGCGUGAUGAGGUUGGUUCAGAUGCUGGAUCCGAAGUACGAAUUGGUAUCGAAGAAGUUUCCGGUGGCGGUGGUAGCUGCGAUAAUGGCGGGAGGGAGUCAGGGGUGCCGGAAGAGGCUGGUGGCGGCGGGAGCUUAUGGGAAUAUGCAGAGGCUGGCGGAGAUGGAGGUGGCCGGAGCGAAGAAGGCGUUGCAGAGACUUUCCGGCAAUCGGCUGAAGAAUAUCUUCAGCGAAUCAAGC